AUGUUUGGCUACCUUUUGAGCUGGGACGAAGUCAAAUAUACUCAUCACUGCAAGGUCCCCAAAGCUGACACGAGACCACCGCACAAAAGCAACAUCCACUACCACCCAACGCCGCUGACGCCCAGCAUCCGCGCGGGGCUGCGCCGACAGUCGGGGCUGACGAUCUGGCUCACGGGGCUGAGCGCGAGCGGCAAGUCGACGAUCGCGGUGGCGCUCGAGCAGGCGCUGCUGCGCAGGCCGUACAACAAGGCGGCGUACCGGCUGGACGGCGACAACAUCCGGUUCGGGCUCAACAAGGACCUCGGCUUCUCGCCCAAGGACCGCGAGGAGAACAUCCGCCGCAUCGCCGAGGUGGCCAAGCUCUUCGCCGACUCGUGCACCGUCGCCAUCACGAGCUUCAUCAGCCCGUACCGCGGCGACCGCGACCUGGCGCGCCAGCUGCACGAGGCCGACCGCCCCGGCGGCGAGCCGGGCGUGCCGUUCGUCGAGGUCUGGGUCGACGUGCCCGUCGAGGUCGCCGAGCAGCGCGACCCCAAGGGCCUGUACAAGAAGGCCCGCGAGGGCAAGAUCCCCGAGUUUACCGGCAUCAGCGCCCCCUACGAGGAGCCGCUCAAGCCCGAGAUCCACAUCCGCUCCGACAAGACGAGCGUAGAGGACGCCGUCAAGAUCAUCGUCGCCUAUCUCGAGGAGAAGGGCUAUCUGAGUGCUCCGGCCGAAGUGGACGACGAGUCUUAA